AUGAUGGGCACCACAAAUUAUCUCGCACUUGUUGGCGGCGGAAGACAGCCAAAGUUCAGUUCUAGUAAAGCCAUCAUCUGGGACGGUCUCAAAUCAAAGGUGGCCAUGGAAAUCUCCUCGUUAACACCUGUAAGAGGCGUUCGUAUUGGCCGCAACCGCAUCGUCGUCGCGCUUCAAAACAGCGUUCGCGUAUACUCAUUUGCGAAACCACCCGAUCUCCAGGCCGUGUAUGAGACCACAAACAACCCUUUUGGCCUCUGCUGCCUCUCAGAAAAAACUAUUGCGUUCCCAGGUAGAACAGUUGGCCAGGUCCAACUCGUGGAUAUUGGCACUGGCAACGUUAGCAUCAUCCCCGCGCACUCCUCAGCACUCAGAGCCAUCCAACUGAGCCCAGACGGCGAAUCGCUGGCUACAGCAAGCGAGCAGGGUACGCUGAUCCGAGUCUUCGCGACGAGCAACUGCGCGAAGGUGGCUGAGCUGAGACGAGGCGUGGAUCCUGCAACCAUCUUUUCUCUUGGAUUUAGUCCGGAGGGCACCAAGGUGGCUUGCACGUCAGACAAGUCUACGUUGCAUGUGUUCGACGUCCCCCAUCCAAAGAGGGGUGUCGUUGUUCCAACGAGUCCAUCAGCAUCAAUGGCUGGGUCUGGCAUUCUCGCUGGCAGACCAGGCGAUGACGGCAAGGGCCGAUGGGGGUUUCUGGGCAAGAUCCCCUUGAUGCCCAGAAUGUUUUCAGACGUCUACUCAUUCGCAUCCGCACCAUUCGAAGCCGGCGAUGACCCGUUCAUGGGCAGCCUCCCCCUCUCAGAGCAGACUCCCCUUGGCACAACACGACCGCAGAAGGGACUCAUCGGCUGGAUUAACGAGGAAAGUCUGGUGGUCAUUGGUGCGGGCCAAGAUGCGAGGUGGGAGAAGUUCAUUAUCGCCAAGGCCGAGGACGGACGUCGUUAUCUUACACGGGAAGGCUGGAAGAGAUAUUUGGGUAGUGGCUAG